AUGCAUGGAAGAAAAAAACUGACGGCUAGAAAAGAACUUACCCAGACUAUAAAACACACAGGUGUGCUUAACCAUCAUGAAACUCAGAGACUUGGCUCGUCUGUGGACAAGUUUCAAAAGGAGUUCGAAAAGAAACUCAAGGAAUUGUCGGUUCAACAAUCGCAGCUCAUUGCUUCGCAGCGACUACGAGAUUCACGCCGAGGGUCCCUUCCAUCUAGUCCUUCAAUUAAACUCGGUGAAGAAGAAGAAAAAAAGAAAGAUGUAAUAAAGAGCUCUUUCUCUGAUUCUGCUCUAGACCAGUGCGCAAUGGUCGGCAACGGAAACGCUACGUUAAAAGAUCCGAGGUCUGGGUCAAACACAGGCAACAAUACCCUUUCGUCGCUGCCUCUAAAACUGCCAAGAAUAUAUCGUAACUCUCGCAAGGAUGGAUCGAGAGAGAUUGAGAUUGAAGACAUUAAAUCGACCGAGAAGUCAGUUGAAAAUAUAUUUGAUAAGCUCAAGUACUCAAGGCAAGCUUUAGAUAUGACGCGAAAACUGUCUAAUGGAUAUUCAGCAAUGAUUACGGCUUCUCCGCCAAUAAUGAGAUCGACCCGUCGUGCUAGUGUACAGGCAGCUUCAACAUUGGACGUUGAAGAACACGUUCCGAACCGUAGAAGACUUAUAAGAAGAGGGAGCUGUCCUACCCUGGGUACAAAAUGGCGCAUGGAAGCACGUACAAAUGACCUUAUCUUAGAAACAAAUGAAGAGGAGAAGACGGCAGCGUUUUCAAGGCACUUGGAAGAAAUGAAAAAAUGUCGAUAUUUAAGAUUUCCAAAGUCAAUUAAGGAAGACGAUGAGGAGGAAUUGGAGUCUCUUGCCACUGAUGCAUGA